GCUGGAGGUCAUGUGAAGGCCUGUAUCCUAAAUGGUCUUUUUCCCAUAGUUCUGGGGCAGAGCCCAUGCUGGAGCCCACCUAGCCCCUCCCCGUGAUGGGCCGGAUUCACUGGGAGGGGGGAGGGGUGGAUCAUAUUUUCAGGUCUUUCCUGCUCUCCUGGCAGCCCAAGUAUCCAGCAGCUGUAGGCCAGAGGUGUUGGAGGUGGGGUGUGACAGGACCAGCCCCGGAGCCCGCCUCUGCGCCUCUGAGGUCGGUAAGUGCUGCAGUCAUGGGGCUCACUCGGAGGAAGCCUCACCCUCGGCCCCUGCUCCUCCUGGUGCUGAUAUGGCUCUCCCGAAGCCUGAGUCUGGACCUGGUUCCCUACAAGCCACAGAUAACAGCCUGGGACCUGGAAGGGAAGGUCACAGCCACCACCUUCUGUCUGGAACAGCCUCGGUGCAUCUUCGAUGAGCAUGCCUCAGCCAACGACACCAUCUGGCUAGUGGUGGCUCUCAGCAAUGCCUCCAGGGACUUCCAGAACCCACAGACCCCUGCUGAGAUCCCGACCUCCCCACAGCUGCUGACUCACGGCCACUAUAUGACAUUACCCCUGUCCCUGGACCAGCUGCCCUGUGAGGAUCCGGCAGGGGGCAGUGGAGGUAUCCCCGUGCUUCGGGUGGGCAAUGACGUUGGCUGUUACCAGGAGCACUAUUGCAAUGCUCCCCUCCCCAGCCAGGGGCCUUACAGUGUGAAGUUCCUUCUGAUGGAUGCCAGUGGCCCGCCCAAGGCUGAGACGAAGUGGUCCAAUCCCAUUUAUCUCCAUCAAGGGAAGGCCCCCAGCUCCAUCGACACGUGGCCCGGUCGGCGGAGUGGCUGUGUGAUUGUCAUAACUUCCAUCCUCUCCGCGCUGGCCGGCCUCUUGCUCCUGGCUUUCCUGGCAGCCUCCACUGUGCGAUUCUCCAGCCUGUGGUGGCCAGAGGAAGCCCCAGAGCAGCUGCGCAUUGGCUCCUUCAUGGGCAAACGCUACGUGACGCACCAUAUCCCCCCCAGCGAGGCUGCCACACUGCCCGUGGGCUGUGAGCCUAGCCUGGACCCGCUCCCCAGUCUCAGCCCGUAGCCUGGGGUCUGCAGCUCGGGCCUGGGGUGAGGGGCGGAGAGCAGGGGCGGGCCCCGAGGGCGGGGCGUCUGGCCUCGUCACAGCCCCGUAGCUGCCUGGCUGGUUUAUCUCCGGCUUCUGGUUCUGUCCCUCGCUAGGCCUCUGUCUGUAAGUGCAUUUCCAGAGGAUCAGGGUCACGUUGGGGUCUGCUUAACUUCCUUCCUGUGAGACCGGAGGAGGCGGGUAGUCCACCCUGGCCUUCACCGGACUUCAGAGAACGGGGAGCAGAUGGGCGUGAGGGCACAGAGCUGUGACCCCACGCUCAGGGGGCUGAAGCAGGAGCGUCAUGUGCUCCGGGCCAGUCUGGCUCUAGAGUGGGAGCCUGUCUCAAAACAAGCAAGACCCCCCCCCCCCGCCCCAGGAUGCCUUGCUCUGCUGCAGUUAGUAGGUUGGGCUGGGCCCAACAUGAGACUUCCAAGGCUCCGACUUCCGCCCUACCCAGCCACCAGGCUGGAUGCAUCUGCACCCUGUCCCCGAGCCUGGCCCUUCCUGAGGACGGACUCACCCGCGUCAAGGUGAGGUGCAAGUGGCUAUCAGUGACAGCCCGGCUACCUGUGCCCGCCGCUCGCUCUGCACGCAUCGCUCUCUGCGCAUCAUUCAUCGCGCACCUGCUGUGUGCCGCACCGUGUUAGACAGCCUCGGGCAGAGCUGGCCGUGACUUCGGGGAGUCCACCUUGCUUUGACUCUCGGGCCGACUCCCGUCCAGGUGUGGGAUCUGUUACUGCUGAGGAGAUGCCAUGCCCUCAAACUGUCCUCAGGGCCACACCCUCUCAGUUACCACGGAGACCCUUUGGGACCCGCAGUUCUUCCAUCGAAGGAAAAGCUCUCCAGGACCACGCCGGUGGUUCCUGCCAUCGCCACCUGGGGGCGCCCGUGCGCUGAGGCCGUGUGGCAGCAGGACCCGCGCACGCGUUCCUGCUAGCAUGCGCUCGCUACCCUGACCAUCGCGUGCCUGCUCCGUCCUCUCAGGGGUCGGGGAAGCGUGUAUUCCCAGCCUCAGCCAGGUCAAGCCCGCCCAGCUAUCCGGUUCUCUCCGACGGCGACACCCGGGGCUCAGUAACUUGCCGGCCCACACUGUCCAGCCACCCUACCCCAUGUCCUGCCGCGCCGGUCUGAUCAAGCUCCAGGGAAGUUAAUAAAUGUUACUGUGUAGCCCA